AUGACCACUCGGAUAGCUCCCGGUGUCGGAGCUAACCUCCUCGGCCAACACUCCGCCGAGCGUAAUCAAGACGCUACCGCAUAUGUCGGCAAUCUUGACCCUAGUGUAUCUGAAGAAUUGUUGUGGGAAUUGUUUGUACAAGCUGGCCCAGUUGUCAAUGUGUAUGUACCAAAGGACAGAGUGACUAAUGCACAUCAAGGUUAUGGUUUUGUGGAAUUUCGAAGUGAAGAAGAUGCUGACUAUGCUAUAAAGGUUCUUAACAUGAUUAAACUUGCUGGGAAACCAAUAAGAGUCAACAAGGCAUCACAAGAUAAAAAGAGCGUGGAUGUCGGAGCAAAUCUUUUUAUUGGAAAUCUUGAUCCUGAUGUGGAUGAGAAACUUCUCUAUGACACCUUCAGUGCAUUUGGCGUGAUUGUUACCAACCCAAAGAUUAUGAGAGAUCCUGACACGGGAAAUUCGAGAGGCUUUGGCUUUAUUAGUUACGAUUCUUUUGAAGCCUCGGAUGCAGCUAUUGAGGCAAUGAAUGGUCAGUAUCUAUGUAAUCGUCAAAUUACAGUGUCAUAUGCCUACAAGAAAGACACAAAAGGCGAGCGCCAUGGUACACCUGCAGAACGAGUUCUGGCUGCUAGUAAUCCAAAUGUGCAGAAAAGCAGACCUCACACGUUGUUUGCAAGUGCACCUCCGACACUUCAAAAUGCUUCUCAGGCAAAUGGCACCAUUGCUGCACCUGUCCCUCCACGGCCAUUUGGUAGUCUUCCUCCACCACCUAUGCCACUCCGACCACCACCUCCUGCCCCAGUGAACAUGUAUCCGCAGCCAAUGACAAUGCCUCCACCACCACCUUGGCAAGGUCAACCAGCUCAAACUCACUUACCUCCCCCUCCAAUUCAGCAGUUCAGGGGCAUGCCUCCUCCAAUGCCAGGUCAACAAAUGGCCCCACCUAGGCCUCCUCCAGGGCCACCCUCACAAGUAGGUAUGAUGAAUGCGCCAAACGUUUGGAGACCACCACCUCCGCCUCAGGCAGCAGUCGAUCCCAAUUCCAUGCAACAUAUGAGAAUGGCUCCACCUCCACCGCAAUGA